UCCUCCUAGCGGCCGGCCAGCUGGCCUGCCUGGAGCCGCCCCGCCCACGGCCGAGGUUUCGGUUUCCCUUGGGAGCCCCGCCCCGUGCCCCGGGGAGCCGGAGGUGGCGGAGAUGAAUGGCGGGCGCGGCGGCCGGGAGCCGGACCCCUGGGGGGUCGGAGCUUGUCGAGGGAUGCGGCUGGCGCUGCCAGGAGCAUGGCGACCGCGUGGCUGAGCUCUUCUGUCGCCGCUGCCGCCGCUGCGUGUGCGCGCUUUGUCCGGUGCUGGGCGCGCACCGCGGCCACCCGGUGGGCCUGGCGCUGGAGGCAGCGGUGCACGUGCAGAAACUCAGCCAAGAAUGUUUAAAGCAGCUGGCAAUCAAGAAGCAGCAGCACGUUGACAACAUAACCCAGAUAGAAGAUGCCACUGAGAAGCUCAAGGCUAAUGCAGAGUCAAGUAAAACCUGGCUGAAGGGGAAAUUCACUGAACUCAGAUUACUACUUGACGAAGAGGAAGCGCUGGCCAAGAACUUCAUUGAUAAAAACACGCAGCUUGCCCUCCAGGUGUACAGGGAACAAGCUGACUCUUGCAGAGAGCAACUUGACGUCAUGAAUGAUCUCUCCAACAGGGUCUGGAGUAUUGGCCAGGAGCCCGAUCCUGUCCGGAAGCUUCAGGCAUACACAGCCACCGAGCAGGAGAUGCAGCAGCAGAUGAGCCUCGGGGAGCUGUGCCAUCCCGUGCCCCUCUCCUUUGAGCCCGUCAAGAGCUUAUUUAAGGGCCUCGUGGAAGCCGUGCAGAAUACAUUACAGACGCCAUUGGACAUUCGCCUUAAGGAAAGCAUGAACUGCCAGCUCUCAGACCCUUCCAGCACCAAGCCAGGUACCUUGUUGAAAACCAGCCCCUCACCAGAGCGAUCGCUAUUCCUGAAAUACGCGCGCACGCCCACGUUGGAUCCUGACACGAUGCACGCGCGCCUGCGCCUGUCCGCCGACCGCCUGACUGUGCGCUGCGGCCUGCUGGGUAGCCUGGGGCCCGUGCCCGCGCUGCGGUUCGACGCGCUCUGGCAGGUGCUAGCUCGCGACUGCUUCGCCGCCGGCCGCCACUACUGGGAGGUAGACGUGCAGGAGGCGGGCGCCGGCUGGUGGGUGGGCGCGGCCUACGCCUCCCUUCGGCGCCGCGGGGCCUCGGCCGCCGCCCGCCUGGGCUGCAACCGCCAGUCCUGGUGCCUCAAGCGCUACGACCUCGAGUACUGGGCCUUCCAUGACGGCCAGCGCAGCCGCCUGCGGCCCCGCGACGACCUCGACCGGCUCGGCGUCUUCCUGGACUACGAGGCCGGCGUCCUCGCCUUCUACGACGUGACGGGCGGCAUGAGCCACCUGCAUACCUUCCGCGCCACCUUCCAGGAGCCGCUCUACCCGGCCCUGCGGCUCUGGGAGGGAGCCAUCAGCAUCCCCCGGCUGCCCUAGGGGCCAGGACCGGCGUGACAGCCUCCAGGCCAGAGUGCCAUGCAUUACUGAAGAGAAGCCUGAAGAAGCUGACAGGGGUGGGAGCACAUUCCUUCAUCAUUUCAUGAGCCUGGCUCAGGGAGGGCUGGUCCUGACCAUCCCUCUCGGGCCAGCCCAUCCUGUUUCCGCACACGGCAGCAGAGCCGAGUGGAGUCCGGCAGGACGUACCUUCUCAUUGCAGGCCAUCUCACAGGGCAGCAGCUGCUUGGCUGGGGAGCCCAGGGCACGCUCCACAAGACGCACUGACCGCACCAGCUCGGCCAGUUCUCCAGGCUCCAGCGAGGCCGAGUGGUCACUCCCCUUCCAGGUCUUGUCCAAAGUUAUGUGACGUUCCAACACCUUGGCCCCCAGAGCCACUGCGGCCACAGAUAUCGCUAUGCCUGUUUCAUGCCCAGAAUACCCUAUGGGAAUGUCAGGAAAGAGCUUCUGAUAUUCCUUUAAAAUGGAAAAAGAAAAAUAACGUUAAAUAUCAUGCUGCUUUAUGCAUAUUCUCCAGGUGAAGCAUAUCUGGUUGAGCCCCGGUUUAGCCACUCACUAGCUGUGCAGCCAGGGGCAAGAUACUGAGGCUCUCUAAGCCUCUCUUUCCUAGGGAUGAUAAUAAUACUUGCUGAGUGUUGCUGUAAAUGCAUGAGAAGCACUCAGCACAUUGUAAAUGCUCUAAAAAUGGUUACUGUUAUUCUAAAGAAUGCAUUUUAAGAAUGUUUCACGUUGCACAAUACACCAAGAGUAACAACAGAACUAUAAAUGAAUGUGUAACCUCAUUCAAAAACCGUCUGUCACAUUUAAUUAGCCUGAGCUGCUGAAAGCAAGUGUGCUAUAUGCACAAAUAUCAUCAUCAAUAAUAUACACAGCCCAAUCUCAAAACAGUCCUUUGGUGGAAAUGAUAAAUAAAUAAUCCAUUAUCUAUAAUUCACUGAAUGCAACAAAAGACACUCUAAGAUGGGUGAAUCUUGUUGGUGAGGGUGACCAGAAAGCUGACUACAGUAGAAAGACUCAGGUAGGGUGUAUUAUUAUUUUAUUGUUAUUUAUUAUUUCUUUUUGAAACAGGGUCUUGCUCUGUCGCCAAGGCUGGAGUGCAGUGGCGUGAUCUCAGCUCACUGCAACCUCUGCCUCCUGAGUUCAAGCGAUUCUCCUGCCUCAGCCUCCUGAGCAGCUGGGACUACAGGUGCCCGCCACCACGCCCAGCUAAUUUUUGUAUUUUUAGUAGAGACAGGGUUUCGCCACGUUGGCCAGGCUGGUCUCGAACUCCUGGCCUCAAGCAAUCCACCUGCCUCUGCCUCCCAAAGUGCUGGGACUACUGACAUGAGCCACGGUGUCUGGCCUCAGGUGGGGUUUAACAAAAGAUUAGGAGGGUUAGGUGGCAAAGGCCUUGAAAACCAGGCUUAAGGGUGUGAUGGAGUGCGGAUUGCUACAAGUUUGAAGAUUCAAACCGCUGUACUAUCUGCAGGCCCAAGAUGGGAUAGGCUGGCAGAAUAACUCCUGCAAUGUGUAGUGUCGAGAGAGGACAUGACAGCACCUUGAGUCGGGACGGAGAUACACUGAAAAGGAAAAUAGCUGGGGUCACGUCUACUAAACUGUUAAUUAUCGGAAUCUCUGUGGGAUGGGAGUGCAGGGGAUGUUUACUUUUGACAUUACAUAUUUCACAGAAAUCAUUUUUAAAUUUUAAAAAUAACGUGAUUUAGAUAAGCUAUAAGUGAAGCAAAAACAGGAUUGGGAGGGACAGAAAGUUUAGGUAAAAAGAGGGCAAUGUCAGUUUUCAAAAAGGCUAACUUUUUAAAAGUUAAUGGCUGUAUAACAACAUGUUAAGAAAGCUUAUAUUAUGGGAAAAACAAUGUCAAAUACUAUACUGAAAGGAAAAUAUAAAAGGAAAACAACUGCAAUAUCAGGAUUCUAGUAUGUGUGGAUAGACAGAUAGAAUUCCAUUAAUGUUACUAUAAUAGUUUUAAUGAUAAUUACAUACAUAUUUUCGAAUGAAGUUAAAUUUCCAGUGCUACAGGAGAAACUGAGAGAGAUGGCGUAAGACAGUAAGAGACAAAGGCCUAGGGAGACAUGCCCAGGUUCUAGUUCCAGCUUUGCCACCAAGCUGCUGUGGGAUUUCAGGCUUCCUGACUUGGGACUGGAUUUCGCCAUCUGUGAAAUGACUGAGUAGGGAAAAUCCUAGGAGAGAGUAAUUUCCCUCAAGGCUGUCACUAUAACUAGUUUGAGCCUCAGGGAUGCUCAGCAUUAGAAAAUAAAGAGAGUCAGCAAAUAACAAAGCAGAAAAAGCCAGGAAAAGCCAGGAAGUUUCAAGAAGGCCUCCUAUAACUCAGUAUGAAAAAAGAUGAAUAUUUAUCUGUACAAUAGUGUUCAUAGCAGCAUCAUUCACAAUAGCCAAAAGGUAAAAUCAUCCCAAAUGUCUGCUGACAGAUUUUUUUUUUUUUUUUUUCCCCUGAGAGUCUCACUCUGUCACCCAGGCUGGAGUGCAGUGGUGCAAUCUCGGCUCACUGCAACCUCUGCCUCCUGAAUUCAAGAGAUUCUCCUGAGUAGCUGGGACCACAGGCACGCGCCACCAUGCCUGACUAAUUUUUAUAUUUUUAGUAAGAAGGGGUUUCACCAUGUUGGCCAGGCUAGUCUCGAACUCCUGACCUCAGGUGAUCUGCCCACCUCGACCUCCCAAAGUGCUGGGAUUACAGGCAUGACCCACCGCGCCUGGCCAAGAAAAUUUCAUUUACAGUCACCCUCUUUAGAAUGUAUGUGCUUCCUCAACUGCUUAGCUCGAAUUUGAUUUGGUAACAGCAAGACUGUCAAAGGAUGUUCAAAUUAUAAAGUAUGCCAUAGUUUGUUAGAAUUUUGGUUAUAAAAAAGACUACGUC